CGGCAGGCUACUACACUACACGACAUACCCCCCCAGAAACGGUUUCUCCCAUCCUCUGAAGCGUCUUGAAGAUGUGAGUCUAUAUCCGAUCAAAUAGUGGAAGUUAAAUUGGCUGCUGGUAUCCAAUACUCACCGGCACGAUGUGAGGUCACUAUUCGAUCCAGUUCUGGCCUUCCGAACAACACUCUUCCAAGGAUUGCUAACCCUGCCGAGGUUAUCCCGAAGAAGAAAGUCGUCUAUAGUAAGGGAGAAAGGGCAGCACCGCUUUACCAGUCAAACGCCGGCCUGGACCCGGGCUUGUUGAGGAGGGCGACUUAUAGGAAAAAGCGGAAGGAGGCUAUAUCACAGGCGAAAAGGGGAGGGCGAUUGCUAUUUCGGGUUAAGUAAUGACGAAGGAUAGUUUUUUAUAAUAGAGGAAAGGCACAAAUUCUUAGAAUUAAACCUGAACGUGUAAACCGGAGGAGACUAGUUCUAACAUCCCCGUCUCGCGUUCGGUCUGAUUAGUCCGUGAUCCCAGAAAUCUCUCAGAGGAAUGUUGGAGAAGCCAAAGAAGAGCAGACUUCCCCCCCCCCUACUAAAUUGCAUUCCAAAGUUGGUCUAUAUGGAAGACAGCUUAUUCGUUGGAUUACCAAUACGGGGCGUUCUGUUAUUGGACAUUCUGGGUGGGCAGCUGUUUUCGCGUCAUAUGUGGUUAGGAACGAGGUAGCUGAGGUGCCUUUUAUUUAUUUCUUCUCAUACAAACUGCUAUUGGGCAUCGGGGCAUUGGGCUACUAUUUGUUUGUUGUUUCGUGCUAUGCAGUUCGUCACUGGGAGUUGAAUUCUGGGGAUUAGUUUUUAUCAUGGCUGCGAAGUGUGCGGGGAUGACGGUGGGCAAUUGAUUACUUUGCUUUCUCGGUAUUUCCACUGAGUCUGCUUUCUUUCUACCCCGUUCGGUUCCUAUGGCUUGUGGGGCUUUGUUUGGUUUUCCAGAGACGUUGGUCGUUAGAUGGUGUUUAUAUAUCUCCUAUUUCUAUCCACACCUACUAGACUAUCAUCACCUCCAUCCAACCUCCAAUUCACCAUUCUCUCACGCUCAGUUAUACCAGACCAACGGCGGUCUCGCUCUCGCUCCUCGAUUCUUUAAUCCCCCCUCUCUACAUCAUUAG